AUGAGGAAUGGAAUAAGAGUUGUACAACAAGUUUGUUUAUGUCCUUUUAAGUUUUUCCAUAAAAUAAGACUAAUGUGGCUGAAAUCUAAAUUAACGAGUUCCAUUAAUGCAUUUGGUUCUCUUAGUAGAUCAAGAAAAGUAAUUGUUGCUGUAUUAUUAUUAUUGAUAUUAGUCUACUAUCUGGGUGCUAGUUUAUUUGGUCAUGGUGGUACUACUAAACGACCAAACUUGUCUAAUGGAUGUCUGGAUGAAAAAGUUCAAACAUUCUUUAAACAAUCACUAAAUUAUGAUGCAUUUAUUAACCAUAAUCCUUUAGAAGAAGAUGAAAAACCCUACCCAGCUUAUACAGGAAAUGGUCACCUAGCUGCUGCCUUUGGUACAGAAAAUGGUUUGUUUAUACGACUCAAUAGAGCUUUAGCUCUUCCUGUCAACUUCUAUCCUGUAGUUAAUAUGAAUAUAGAUCAGUCUUUUGUAUUAGAUAUAAAAUCAGGAAUAGUCCAUAAAUUCCAGUCUUUUAAACAGUCAUGGCAUUGUGUACAAGUAGAGUCAUCAUUAUAUGCCCAUAGAUCUCGACCAUCAGUUUUAGUACAAGAUAUUAGUAUUAGUAACCCUACUGGAGAUCCAGUCACUGUAGAUUUUGAUCAGAUUGGAGCCUCUGGUUGGACUGGUGCCCAGACUAAAACAUUACAACUAAGGAAUGGUAAUGAGGGAGUAUAUAACUAUAGACUAUCAACUGGUAUUGUCUUGGUACCUGACCAUCCUGAUUUAGUAGUCGGUGCUGCUAUAGCUACUAGAGUCAUUACCGAUACAACAUUAGUUAUUAAACCUAAUAGCAAACACAAACAACAUAUAGUUACUGUAGUACAUUAUACUAAAGGCAUGACAAAAGCUGAAGCUGAAUCAAAUAUUCCUGAACUAACCAAAAAAGUAAAGAAGGAUAUGGAAGAAGUUAUGAAUAUUAAUGAGAAAUUACUUCUAAGAGAACAUGUUAAAGUUUGGGAACAGCUGUGGAAAACAGGAUUUAGUAUCAGUGAUUCAAAAGCUCAGAAAGCUAUCAAUGGUGGCAAAAUUAAUACUACUAUAUAUUAUGUACUAUGUAAUGUCCCAGCUCCACUUCAUGAAAUAACUACAACUAAACAACAAAGAAAUGAAAUAUUAAAAGUUUUAUAUUAUCCUGAUACUUGUUAUGCUGGCCAUUCUACAUUACAAGCUGAGACAUUAUGGAUGGACGUAGUAGAUGAAGAUCAUAUAGCUAGAGUCGUUACAACAUGGAUGAUAACCUUAGAAAAACAGGGUUGUUCAGGAAUUGUGCAAUCAGGUGCAGAAGGUGUUUUACAAGCAAUGGUAUUAAGUUUUGGUGCCCUGGAAUUUAAAAAUCAACAUUUAGAAUUAAAACGACAUCCUAAAGAACUACAUCGAGAUAUAUUUUUCCAUCGUAUUAAUUAUGGUAAUAAUACCCAUGUAAAUAUAUCAGUAAUAGUUGGAGAAGAUAAUAAAGCCAAUCUAUAUGUAUCAUUAGAUAGAAAUGAUAAACCUUACUAUGCCUGUGAUGCUGGUUGUGUGGAUGCUCCCAUUCAAUUGAGGUAA